GUCACUUGAUUUUGAAAAUAAUAUUAAGAAAGCAAGGAUUGCAUUCGUUGGCCUCAUCAUUGACAGUGUUACACUGUUCAGUUGAACUACCCUCGUGUUAAACACCGGCCGGCUAAACACCACGCUUUAAAACUCGGACCCUACGCAUGAUGACUAUGAGUGGCAGCCCCCAAGUGAGGCAGAAAUGAAGUUAAUCCAAGCCAGAAGAGAACGCUCUGACAAGAUCAGUAAAAUAAUGGGAGACUAUCUUCUAAAGGGAUAUAAGAUGCUGGGCUCUUCAUGUGAACUUUGUGGUACCAUUUUACUGCGUGAUCGCCAGUCUCAGGAUUAUUGUGUUGGCUGCAAUGAUCUGGAGUCAGAUACUGACAAGGAUAACCCAGCCGUGAACACAGAGGCAGCUAGGUCUCAUGAGAGAGAGUAUGGAUUGUUUCCCAGAUCACACCUACCGCAAUCCUCCAGUGACAGCCCUAUGGAGGCAGCUGCUCCUCUCACUGCUCCAGUCUCUGUCAGUGUUCUCUCACAGACACAGCAGGUGGCUGGUCUGUCUGGUGUUAACUGUCAACCUGGAGAUAGUAGAAGGGAAGUCUCCAGUGGACUCAUUGCUCUAACUGCUAACACUGUGGUUGAUGCCCCCCUUGGCAGUAGUGUGUGAUAAACUGGCCUGGGCCACAGAUCAACUGAAAUCAUGUCAGUGUAUAGAAACCAGCAUCCAUUUGUGUAGCUUGAUCAAGACUUGUGCUGACACUAUAGCAAGCCUUAAGUCUUUACAAAAUAAUCAGCUUUCUUGAUAAAGAGCACCAGGAUAUUUGUAGACACUUCUUCACUUAUGUUAACUUGACUCCAUUGAGAGGAGACAAUACUGCCUUAUAUACACAGAUUGAAAUAUUUGCAGUGCAACUAUGUCUACUCUGCUCCAUUUAGAGGAGAUCAUAAAACCAGAUAUGUACAUUUUGGGAUAUUUUCAGUGCAAGUAUGUGGAAUAUUUACAUGUUAAAUAUCAGGAUUAUGAUUGGGGAACCGAUAAAAGUUUUUACCUUUGUCGUGUGUUGUGCCUAACACAAAGGCCAACAAUCUUUUUAGAAACUCAUUUUGUCACACUUUCUUUUUGAGUCAUCAUGAUCACACAGAACAUUUCUUUUUCAUUUCAGUAGUGUUUAACUGUAUAUUUUGAAAAGCAUUGAAAAAAUCUUAGCAUUUCCCCCCAAAAACUGUUUAAGCCAAAAUGUAAUAUUAAUGAUUUAUUUCUCUCUAUAGAUCAAUAAAUGUGUUAGCAGUGAUGGAGUAUUUUGUCUUAGCUCUAGACUUGUUGCACUGUUGUAUUAGAGAUUGUGUGAUAGCCACUGUUAAAUUAAGGGUGAAAAAUGAUACUGAGAAAACUAUCAAAAAAGGUUUCACUUUUUGUUCCCAUAACCAGUAGUAUACCCCCAGGCUUUGCCAGAAUUGACUUAUACUUCAAGGAUUUUUAAAUGUGUGUUUGUGUAUUAUCUUUACUUUAUCUGAAGGUUCUCUGUGGUAAAGUGCAGGUCAGGCUGUGAAAAACUUGGACAAACUUAAAUAUAUGCUGCUUGCUACAGCUAAUCUAUUAUACCCAACAGAUGGCGUUGUGAUCAGUGUCUACUCACGGAGCAGGAAGACAUGGGUUUGACCCAUCUGGGGACAUACCAGUACUUUCAUAAAUGGUACCUGCCAUCUCCCCUCAUGGGCCUCCAUAUUUAGGGAUGGCAGCAGGGGUACAAUACCAGGUCUGGCAGUAAGUGAUGGUGUUAGUUUGUUAGCUUUCAGCACCCAACACAACACCCAGGCUGUAUCAUCCCCAGAGUCACGAAAGAUGACACCUGGAUCAGAGUCAAAACUAACCAGGUGUGCGUAUACUGUAAACCAAGCUGAGAGGCAUGUGGAGAGUGGUAUACAAGAACUGAAUUUUACUUUUAAAUAUAUUUCAAAGCUUCAAAUGUUUGUUGGUAAUAAAAGCAUUCCAAAUGAAGUUAUAUAACAUCUUUUUAUCAAGUCAUUCUACAUGUUUUUAGUCAAACUAGAUAUAUUAAUUGUCACAAGAAAAUAUAAU